CCGUCGUGUAGUCAGCUGGUCCACGCUCAUGCGCAGUGCUCGGCUUUGUGCUGCCAACCUGACGGGACCCGACGGGUUUCACGGUCCGCGUUCCUUGUUCAACGUUUCCUUGAUCUCGUGAAUUUAGGAAAUCAGUCGGCCACACAAUUAUUGGAAUGACGAAGUGCUUUUGUGUGGUUGAGUUUGGGGGGGGGGGGGGGGGGGGAGAGAGGAGGGCGGGCGCCGUUGUUGCUAUGCGAGGCGGUUGCUAGGGAGCUGCAGUUGGCAGCACUCCUACCCGAUCUGCUUCGUCAGUCGGUGACGCAGUGUGAAGCGAGGUGAGCGGGUGCGUGGUUGUUUGCGUGCCCAUUAUCACAAAACUGCGCCACUGCGCCCUGUUUUCCUAUAUCGUCGCACGCGAAUCUUCCGUGUAAUAAACGCGAGAUCAGUAAGUAGGUUUGCUCUGGCUGGUAGCCAUUUUGUUUUCGUGAUGGUCUGCUGUUGAUUGCUUGUACCUUGAAGCUAAAGUGCGUUGUGAAGCUCUUUGUGUUUUCGCCGACCGCGGAUAAGUUGCUUCUACGAAAUUGGAGGCGUUGACUGCAAGUAACGUGUCCCAGGCAGUGUCUUGGCAUCACUCGGCACUGCAGACACGUCAGCGAUGGAACGAGAGUCUAACCCCAUGCAGGCAAUGUGUCGCUCGGGCUGCGGAUUCUACGGUUCUCCGGCCACGGACGGUCUGUGCUCGCUGUGCUACAAGGAGGCCUUGAAGAAGAAGCAGCAGCCCCCUUCGUCGGCCUCCACGCCCUCCCCCAGCAGUAGCGCCACCGCGGCCGCCGCCGCAGCCGCGGGCUUCGCGGUGGCCGUCGACACCGCACACCCCACCAUCCCUGUCAUAACGGCCGCCAUGCUGCCGGACUCCAGCAAAGACAAGAACGCGGACCUCGAUGGGGCCUCCGCGGCGGCCGGCGCCGAGAGCUCGGCCAGCAGCGGGGAGGCAGACGACAGCUUUGACUCGAAGGACUCCGACAAGGAGACCAAGAAGAAGAAGAACCGCUGUGCUACUUGCCGCAAGAAGGUUGGACUCACAGGUUUCGAGUGCAGAUGCGGAGGCCUGUUCUGCGCAGUCCACCGAUACAGCGACAAACACGAGUGCACGUUCGACUACAGAGAGCUGGGAGCGCAAGAAAUACGCCGCAAUAACCCCGUCGUGGUUGGCGAGAAGAUACAGAAGAUUUGAACCGCCCCAUUGUACGCUGGCAGCUCUCAUUUUCAAAUGUGCCAUCGUUCUUCUGGUUACAGAACAACCGCCACAGUUUCUCUUGGCCAUUUAAAAAUUAGAGUUUUGCUUCCCCCUCCCCUCCAGAACUUGUGCAAAAAAAAAUGCAAGACUAGCGAGUGGUUAACAAAACUGAACUGAAAGUUCAUGGGUAAUUAAAACAAUAAUGAUUUAAACUUAUCCUUGCUUUGUUAUUUUUUAGGUUAGCCACCACAGUAACAUGUCGCGAUGAAGUGCUUUGUCCAGAUAUUCCACGAGAAGACUUCGGAGGGUUGGCAGAACGUUGAAGAGUUGUGUGUCAAAUUCUAAAAGUCUUGUGAUUACGUUAAUGGGAAGGUUGAGUUGCCAGGUAGAUACUGCUUCCUUGUUUUCAAGUUGCAUAUGAAUAUAAUUUUUGUUGGAAAGUUACAUAGGUGUAGUAUAAUUGUUUUUUGUGUUUGGGAAUGCUUGUGCGUGCGUGUGGGUUGUCGUGGUGUUACCAUGUGCCGUGAACUACGAGCUGCGGAACCUUGCUCCGCCGAACUCUGGCGGGUUCUGCCGGCGUCGGUCGUGGCUUGUCAGUGUGUUGUUGCUAUUAAGUUGGUGUUCUUACCUCAUGAGUUAACUAUUUUUUUGGUUCGUUACAGUUUUGACCAUGUGUAUUCACAGGACUGGGAAACUGGAAGAAUUUUUGGUUUCGCUAGCGUUUGUCACUCGGUAAAAUUUCUUGUUGCUUAUUCAGUGUUGCAAGUUUGGUUGCAUGGUAGUAAUUCCUGGUGAAAAUUUUACCUAUUGUACUAAUUAUAUUGUAAUUACAAGUAAUGAGCACAUAUGUAGUUUAUAUUGAGAUAAUACAUGCUGUCCAUACUAUGCUCUUUAUUUGUGGAAGACUUUGAAUUGCACUAAGUUACUAUCUUUUUUCUUUUAGAUUGGGCCAUUCCCAGCGUGAAAUUUUUUUUUAAAACAGUUCAUGUGUUGGAGGGCAAAGUGCAAUUAAAAUCAUUAAGUAGGAAGUGGAUUUUCAGUGUCUCCUUGUUUUAUUGAAUAAACAUGACUUAUUGAUCCCUGUUCAUUAAUAAUUUUUUUUUAUCGAAACCUUGCGAUCAGAUUUGUAAACAGGUUUGUGCUGCAAAGUUUUCUUUCCAUACAUAACUUUGUUUCCUCGCUUGAAAUUGAUCAGCGACCGACUGGCUGUGGUUGAUACUAGUGUUCCGUUUGCUUUGCUCCGUGCAAUUGCCUGUAACCCCGGGUUUGUUUAAAAAGUGGUUGGUCCAAAACAGUAGAGCACAGUAUGUAUAUAAUGUGUUUAAGUUGUACAUCGUAAUUACUGAAAUGUUUUAAAGAAAGUGUUUCAUUAUCCAGUAAUAUACUUGUGUAUAAAUAUAAUUUUUUGUUUUGUUUGCUGAGGAGUUGGUUUGUCCCAGAGUUCACCAAUAAUACUUACAAUUGAGUUGAGGUUUCGAGAUUGGGACAACUCAUGUUGUGAUUUAAAGCAUCUGUAUAAAUUACUUCACGUUUUUAAAUAUUUUAAACUACAUAUUCUUGAAGUAUUGUAUGAGGUCGAUAAGAAUAAACCUUCCAAUUUGA